AUGUCCACCACUACCACCACCGCGGCUGCCACUGCCACCACGGCAUGCACCAACCUCUACGACUCUCCCAACCAGGACACCACCUGCGCCAUGCCCUACACCGGAAACCACACCGACAUCAUGAAGAAGUGCUGCGGUGAUGCUCAGAUCGUCAGCUACCACAACGACUGCGGCAUCUACUGUGUUGCCCUCGACCAGACCGUCAGCGACCUCGCCGACUGCCUCUACGAGAACGGUGCUCCCUGGGAGGCCGUCUUCUGCAGCGUCCCCAAGAGCGUUUCCUCCGACGUUGCCUCCAAGACCAAGGACGCCGCCGUCCCCGCCUCCGCCCAGGCUUCCGUCAUCUCUGGCGGCGACAGCGACAAGGACGACGACAAGGACAAGGACAGCGACAAGGAUAGCGAUGACAAGGACAGCGACAAGGAUAGCGAUGACAAGGACAGCGACGACAGCGACAGCACCGCCUCCGGCACUGCCAGCUCCGCCAGCUCAACCUCCACCGGCAACGCCGCCGCUGGUGUCGUUCCCCAGUCCAGCGUCAGCACCCUUGGCCUCACCAUCGGUGCUCUCCUCUUCUCCUCGAUGGCUCUCGGUGCCUUCAACAUUUAA